AUGCUAGACUGGACCAAGCUGCGCGAGGUCUUACCGAAUGGGGAGGUGCUGGUGCCUGGUGACGAUGGAUAUGAAGCGAGCCUCAAGAGAUGGAACGUGGCGCGCGAGGCAAAAGCUGCGGUGGUUGUCAAGCCCAUGUGCUCAGAUGAGGUCUCCGCGAGUGUCCAGUUUGCGGUUGCGAGCGGGCUACCCCUGACUGUCUGCGGAGGCGGCCACUCAACGAGCGGGCUGUCGUCCACGGAAGGGAUGCUCAUUCACCUGGGAAACAUGCGCAGGGUGCAUGUCGACGAGACCAGCGGCAUUGUUUCCUUUGAGGGCGGCUGUCUCUGGUCCGACGUGGACGGCGCCUUGGAGGCCAGCGGGCUCGCCACCGUCGCAGGCGUCGUCAAUCACACCGGCGUAGGAGGGCUUGUCCUCGGGGGCGGUCACGGUUGGCUGACAGCGAGACAUGGACUGACAAUCGACAACCUCGUCGCGGUUGAAAUGGUGCUGGCCGACGGCUCCACUGUGGAAGCAUCCGCGACGCAGAAGCCAGAUCUUUUCUGGGCGGUUCGUGGCGCAGGGGCAAUGUUUGGAGUUGUCACGCGCUUCAAGUCGCGCGCCCACAGGCAAGAACCGGUGUGGAGCGGGACGCUCGUGUUCACGCCGGACAAGCUCGGCCAACUUGUGGCCGUUGCCAACAAAUUGCACGUCCAGGACAACCGAGAAGGCCAUUGCCUGACUCUGGGCUUUGGAUACGCACCCGACGGCAGGACCCGCGCCCUCUCCGCCGUGCCCCUGUUCCACGGGCCGGAGGCGGAAGCGAGGGCCUACUUUUCAGAGCUUCUACGCGUUGGGCCAGUCAGCGACGAGACGCAGAUGAUGACGAUGGCGCGGGUAAACGGUCUGGUCAACAAGGUGUUUGCACACGGCUUCCGCCGCUUCAUGGGCUCGAGCAACGUCACGAUGCCGCUCGACGCGGCGGGUCUGCAGGAGACGGCCGACAUGAUGUGGUCAUUCUGCGAUGCGCGCCCCAACGUGGACUCCUCGAUUAUCGUGAUUGAAAUAUUCCCCACGCACAAGCAGCGCUCGGUGCCGCAAGACGCCACGGCGUAUGCCAACCGCGGGGACCACUACGACGUUGCGGUGUCGUUUGGAUGGACGGAGCCGGCGCUCGAUGACGAAGUCGCAGAGUUUGGCAGGACGUUGCGCGAGCAGAUUGGCCGGACCAACGGGCAUCGCGCCAGACAUGGCGGCGGCGACGAGAGGGACAAGGGGGCCCCGGAAGCGUACGGCGAGAACGUGGAGCGGUUGAGGAGCUUGAAGAGGAGUUUUGAUCCGGACAACGUAUUUCACAAGGGGUUUGGGAUCGAGGGUUGA